AUACCAUUUUGUUUCUUUGACAUAAAUGGUUAUUGUGUUCUCAGGUCAUUUAGAAACCAAGAGUAUAAUACAUGUGCCCUUAAUCACAAUAAUGCCUCCUUAUUAGUAGUAUAGUAGCAGCGUUUUGAAUCAGGACCAGAUUGGCUCAGCUAUUGAUAUUAAUGUAAUCUGUCAGAGCGGUCACGACAUAGCAGACCUACCGGACGAUUACUCUACCCUUUCAAACUAAGGAACAGUCUACGGUACAGUCCCUCCGGGAGGCAGCAGUGUGGAAAGUGCAACCUUCGGAUACGGUGGAUAUAUUUACUCCACCAGCGGGCCGCUCUCAGGGCGCAUGUGCGAAUGUUUUGAGUGCGUAGCGGCUGGGAGCUUCGGGUCUGAGGUGCUAUUAUUUUGUGUGGCGGGGGAUUCCUGACCGGCUGGACGUAUCUGAAGUCCGGUUUGGCGGCUGCCUCAGCGCUGAUCCUACACCAGACGAGGUUUAGAGCAGGCCGGCGGCCUCCCCCUGUCGUCCCUCCCCUGCGCUCCCGCAGCGCCGAGGGCGGCCCUGUGUCCUCGCCGUGCCCGGGAAGACCGCUCGCUGGCCGCGGGGGUGCUUUCCGAUGCGGGGCUGACGGCGCCGGGGAGAGAGAGAGAGUGAGCUUGCCUGUGUCGGGGAGCGCGACGCGGCCCCGGCCCGCGCGAUGAAGAUCGCCGUGGAAGGCUGUUGCCAUGGAGAGCUGGAUAAGAUCUACGAGACCAUCGGCUACCUGGAGCGCCGUGAGGGGGUGACGGUGGACCUGCUGCUCUGCUGCGGGGACUUCCAGGCCGUGCGCAAUCAGGGGGACCUGAAGUGCAUGGCUGUGCCCCCCAAGUACAGGAACAUGGAGGGCUUCUACAGGUAUUACUCCGGAGAGAAGAAAGCCCCCAUCCUCACCAUCUUCAUCGGGGGGAACCACGAGGCCUCCAAUCACCUGCAGGAGCUGCCGUACGGGGGCUGGGUGGCCCCCAACAUCUAUUAUCUAGGCUACGCAGGAGUGGUCCAGUACAGAGGGCUUCGGAUCGGGGGGCUGUCGGGAAUCUUCAAGUCGCACGACUACCGGAAAGGUCACUACGAGUUCCCACCAUACAACCAGCAGACUCUGCGCAGCGCCUACCACGUCCGAAAUAUCGAAGUCUUCAAGCUCAAACAGAUCCGGGGGCCCAUCGACAUCUUCCUGUCCCACGACUGGCCGCGCGGCAUCUACCACUACGGCAGCACCGAGCAGCUGCUGCGCAAGAAGAAGUUCCUGCGGUCGGAGGUGAAGUCGAACUCGCUGGGGAGCCCCGCGGCGGCCGAGCUCCUGGCCCAGCUGCAGCCCAGCUACUGGUUCUCCGCGCACCUGCACGUCAAGUUCGCCGCUCUGAUGCAGCACCAGCCCCAGAACGACUCCCCUCCCAGGACCACCAGGUUCCUCUCGCUGGACAAGUGCCUGCCUCACCGCGACUUCCUGCAGAUCGUGGAGAUAGAGGACCGCCCGGGGGCGCCCGAGCAGCUGGAGUACGACCCCGAGUGGCUGGCCAUCCUGAAGGCCACGGACGAGCUCCUGAACUGCACCCCCUGCAACUGGAACACCCCCGAGAACAACGGGCUGCACUCCCGGUGGGACUACACGGCGUCGGAGGAGGCCAAGCAGGCGGUGGUGAGGGAGCUGGGCGGGGACCUCCACAUCCCGGAGAACUUCAGCGUGACCGUGCCCGUGUACGACCCCAGUCGCCCCCAGCCCCAGCUGCCUCCCUGCUACGCCCUCAACCCCCAGACCACGGAGUUCUGCGCCACGCUGGGGCUCACGGACAUCUACGCCCGCGCCGGGCAGGCCGGGCGAGCGACCGAGGAGCGGGAGGGCGAGUCGGAGGAGGAGGAGGACAACCAGAGCUCGGGCAGCGCGGAGGAGCCCAGCGAGUACCCCACUGACUCCUCGGGGCUGUCCAGCUCCUUCAACCCCGACGAGAUCACCAUCGAGGAGGAGUGGGAGGAGGAAGAGGAGGGCGCGGGGAAGGAGAAGAGUAAGGCCGCGGGUGGCGGCAGCCUGCCCGCGGACGGGGAGACCAGCCCGGCCCCCCCAGCGAUCGGCCGCCUGGUCCUGCCUUCCCCCCGCACCCCGGAGGUCCCCCUCUUCUCCCUCGACCUGCCCCCCGCCGCCUCCAGCCCCGCCCCAGCUCCCCCGCCCUCUACAGACGGCAGCCCCAGCGAGGGAGGGGGGGGGCCCCUGCCGCCCCUGCGCACCCCCAAACGCACCAGCGGGGAGACUGGGAACAGCGGCGAUACCGGCAACACCCCAAAAAUAAAGCGCAGGAACCAGACCAUCUACACCGCGCAGGAUGACGAGGGCAGCGAGGGUUAGAGGGCGCUGGGGUGGGGGGGGGCGGCUUGUCGCGGGUGCCUGAGCGGGGAAUUCGGGGUUCAGUAAGGGGGGGGGCGGGAGUGUAGCUGGAGGGCAACUCGUUUUGUUUCGACCGACACUCGUCGGCCCCUCUGCCACUGAGCCCCUCGUUUUUAAUCUGGGGUCUGGGUUGUUCUUGGGCUGCAGAAGUGGGCGUGAGGAAAGUGGGGUACCCGAGCCCCUCGGGUAUGCAGGACACCAGCCGGCUUUGGCUGCACAGAUGACCUGUCCUUGGUGAUGCAAACGCCUCGCCGGAUCCCCCCUUCAACUCGCUGCCGGUCUCGGGCAGAAACGGGGAGACCCGCAGGCAGGUGGCGCCUCUGUGCUGGGUGGAUCUUGAGCUGCAGGCCUCCGCCUGCUGUAGGACAGGACUGGCUUCUCACUUUCGACUUGGGUGUUGAGCGAAGCAGUCGGAAAUUUGGUUUUAGCGAAAUGGGAAAAUCUUUUCCACAUUGGAGAAACUGUUUUUGGGGUGGGGAGCAGAAAGCCCUUUAGUUUUAGACCCAGUAAACCAUGGGAAGUUGAUUUAAGUGAGUCUGUGAGAUGCAAUAAACCUAUUUUUAUUUUACCUCCAUCCCCUAAGCCAAGGGCAUCGGAUUGUCCAGGUUUGAAGUGUGAUGUCGCCCUGUAUGCAGUUUUUCUCUUUUUUAAUUUGGGUUUUAUUUUCAUAGCGUGUAUCUGUAAGAUGUCAGGUGAUCUGACCUCCUUGCCAUUUGCGACUGUUUUCUUUCCUUUUUUUAAAAAAGAUGUGUUCAGGCUUGGAGACUUUUACACAAAUUAAAAUGAUUGGA